AUGUGGGAUAUGGUUUAUGGAUAUCCAUAUAUCCACGAGAACGAUGAAGAUGCAGUUGUGAGAUUAACGAAAGAUCAAUUUGGCAUCGAACUCAGUUUACGAGAGAUCGAAUAUUUAUUCGAUGAUGUGAUGUUCAACAAAUUUUAUAUUUGUGAUAUACAAAUGUUUAAUGUUGAUGGAUUGAAAUAUCAGAGAAUUACAUUUCAGAAUUACUUGAAGUUUGAGAAUAGUGUUGAUUUCUAUGUCCAUUUGGCACUAGGGACAGAUAUAUUUAAAAAAUUAGAUAUGAGAGAGGAAGAAAGAAUGAGGGUAGAAAGGUAUACUCGUAGAUUGAAACGAAUGGGAAUUGAUCAAAAUCUUAUUCUCAGUCAUAAGAAUAGG